AGAGGGACUCUCCAGAGGGCUGAGCCUUCUCUCAGGGCAGUACAGUCUGCCAGUUAAGCAGCAGUUCCCUUCAUAUCUGCAUUGUGAACCAUGAUCUCUCUCAGGCCUUUUCACUGCCCACACACUUUGGAGGUCUGACCCAGUGUUCCUGAGUCUCAGUCCCCAUCCAGUGAGAACCAGAAGUUCAUAUUCCUAGAGGGAGAUCCAGAGUCUCCUGCUCUGUGCUGGCUUAUGCUGGUCCUGAAACUUUCCAAAAGACAGAUUACCCGAUCCAUAUCCCAAAAUUAGACUGAUAGGUGGGGUCUGCCUCUCCUCUUCAAGCCAACUCUGCCUUCCAUUCAAAACAAGGUCACAGGAGCACUGAUGGGUCCCAGGAAGAAUGCAAAAUGACUAAAAUCUCCAAUUUAUUCACUUCAGAUAAACCACAAAUACAUGUGACUCACAAGAUCAGAGCUAAUGGGAAAAUUACCCUGAGGUGCUUGGCCCUGAACUUCUACCCUGCUGAGAUCACCCUGACCUGGCAGAGGGAGGGGAACAAUCAGACACAGGGCACAGAGGUGAUGGACACCAGGCCUGCAGGGGAUGGGAACUUCCAGAAGUGGGCAGCUGUGGUGGUGCUUCCUGGGGAGGAGCAGAGAUACACAUGCCAUGUGCAGCAUGAGGGGCUGCCUGAGCCCCUCACCCUGAGAUGGGAGCCUCGUCAGCCCUCUGUCCCCAUCAUGCCAAUUGUUACUGGCCUGGUUCUUGGAGCUGUGCUAAUGGGAGCUGUGGUGACUUUUCUGAUAUGGAAGAGGAGGAAUAAAGGUAAGAAAGGGGCAGGAUCUGAGUUCGUGUCUGUGGGAAUAUGAAGCCCAGCUGAGUGGUGCCCUGCCUCAUGAGAGCAAAGUUUCAUCCACACAGUGGCUUAUUUCUGUCUUGUGCUGAUGAGCUGACAUUAACUCCAUUGUGAAGGAAGCAUGAAGGAAAUAAUGAAAAGAUUCAUCACUGCAAUGAUAGAGGUGGUAGAGACCUGAUCCUCAGCUCCCAGAGGUCAGAUGGAAAGGUUCCCACUGAGAACAGAUAACCAGGAGUCCAGUUAGUCCUCUUCAUGUGCAAUCUUCCAUCAUGUUUCCUCAUCCUUCUCUGGAUCUGCAGUCACAGUUCUUGAAAUUUCCCUGAGAUAAGGACCAGGAGAUUCCUCUAGGUCUUCUAGAUGCUGGUGCUUCCAUGAACUCUACUGAAAGGAAUUGUUCAUAUUCAAGCUAUGUUCAUGCUUCCCAGUGGUUUCACUAGGGACUCAUCCCUGAGACUCCUGUGGCAGUACACACAGGAGCCCAUGGAUGUUCUCAGCCGGCUCACACCUCCUCACUCCGUUCCAGUAUCAGUGCGUUUGAUCUGCUCCUGUAUCACUGUGCACCGGGAUGUCCAGCGACACCCUA